CCGAAAAGGUCCUGGAAGGCUCGAGGAGUCGAGGUUCGACGUGCAGCCGCUUCGUCCACGCCCUUCCAUGGCGACCACUCUCCCAACCUCCGCUUCCGCCGCCGUUCGUAUCUUCCAACCUACCUUCUGCCACGUCCCUAGGACGUGUCCCGUGCUUGCCCCCUCGCGUUCCGUGAGUCGCCGCUUCUCCGGCGUCGCCUGCUCUCUCGGGAUUGGCAGCGUCGCUGGCCAAGCCACGCCCCAGGAGGACACCGUCCGCAUCGUCGCCGUCGUCGGCGAAGGAAGCAUCAGCCCUCUGAAGGAUACGCCCUGGGAGGAGGUUAUGCGCCAUACGGCCGAUAGGCUGAAGUGGGUUGAUGAAGGUUUUGAAAUGUUCGUCUUCACAGACAAGUCGAUUGACUGUGAUGAUCUUAGGAAAGAGUUGUCUCGCUGUGAUAUGUUAGUCAACGUUGCAAUAACAGGCCAGGAGUCUGUUCAGUGGCUUGUGCAUAACAGUAAGAGCAUUUCGAAUGUGCUUUGCUUUCACUCCUCUCCAUCCUUGUUAAACAAGCUAGGAGGCACAGAUGUUCAAUACACUGGAGAGCAGGACUUCUUUGGCAAGUUAGCCAAUGUUGGAAAACCAAGUGGCACAGAGGAGUCAACUGAAGUCCUCAAGACCAUAUCCAAUGCCUGGGAAAGGCACAACUCAGAUGACAUUAGAUUUUGCCUGCUCGUUGUGGUUAAUGCAUACAUAAAGCCAGUUGCUAUGCUGCAAAACCUAAGGGCAAAAGGCCUAUCUACCCUAAGUUGUAUGAUAAGAAACUGUGGUCCUCAGAUACUGAAUUGUUUGUUUGAUCCUGACUGUAGGAAAGCCAUUCAGUGUUUGAAUUCUUGCUCUCCAACUGAUCAGGUCUGCAACUAUCGCUGCAUUGCAUCAUACGAGAGUCCGCGUCUGGAGGCAUUUUCUCUGUGUGUUUUGCAAAAGAACAACUGUCUUGAGCUGAAUGCUGAGAUCCCUAGUAAACCCUAUGUAACCCCGCUAUCCAUGUUCAGAGAACAAAAUCUUAGCCAUGAAGUUGCGGAAGACCUGUUUGUCGGUUGGCUGGACAACUUGGAAUGGAGUUGGAGAGUUGUAGCUGGACAAAAUCCAGCAUAUGACCAGUUCCCGUGCCAGUACCAAUUAUUCUACAGAGGGAAAGCAAAAGGUUCAUUUUGGUAUGAGCCAAUUUUUCAAGUCAGAACCCUGGAAGGGAAGUUGGUCUGGAGGCGCAGAAAGUACCGAGUUAGAAGAGCUAGCAUCCCUGGCACUUUUUAUUUCAGUGUGUUGGAUAAUGGUGUGGUUUCAAAAGAGUUUUGGACAAUUGUUGAUGUUUCAGAUGAUUUCAGCUGGGGUCUGUUCCAUUAUCAUGGAGCCGCUCAGGCUGCUGGACAAUCGUACACUGGAGCAGUGCUUGUUACUCCUGAUGGGUCUUAUCCUGAUGCAGACAGCCCACGGUUGGCCUCUGCUUUAGAGAAGUGUGGUAUUAAGAAAUGGGAGCUUUAUAUGGUUGAUAACUGCUCCUGCAUGGGUGCGCCUUUGGGGACUCCAGAAGGAUCACAGCUGCAUUACCAGAUCGCUCCAGGAAAACAUGCUGGUAUUAUGCAGAGAAUAUGAUGCUGUGUUCAAAUAGGAUGAAAGGAACAAUUUCAUUCCCAAGUGAUGUACUCAUGCACCGCUGCUUACAACGAUGUAAAGAAUAGCAACAGGUAUCACCGAAGGGAGUUUGCGUAAUUGGAGGCCUUACUUUUCUUCACCAAAACAUGCUGACAUCGCAUGCAAUAAUCAAAAGAGGCAUCCUCGUCACUAAUCAUGGAUGUUCACCCAUGGCAAGACAGUCAUGCGUCCUGCAUUUGCUGUGUACCAGCCCCAACAAUGUCCCAAAUCCCCAAUAAAGGCAACAAUAGCCUCUCCUGGGUUUGCUUGCUGUACAAUUACCAUGGUGCAGUAACUUCAUUGUUCGUAGAAGUUGUAUAGUUAUAGUAAAUUGUGACACCUGUUGUUGCAAUGUUUUAUAUCUUUGUUGAUGAAAAUCAUAGCCAGCUGCUUGUUGUAAACUUGUAAUUAACAUAUAUGAGCCAUCGUUUUGUAGAGAAGAUAACUAAAUAUGAAUACAUCUGUUGUUGCGAUGUUUAA